AACAAAGUUACCUAACUGACUUUUAAGGGAGUUGCUACCUAUAUGUAGUACCUACCAUUACCUAGUACCUAGUAGUACCUACUGUAUUGUACCUAGAGAUGGAUACAAUCGGUAAGAAUGGUUGAUCCGUCCGGCGCACAAAACUGCCAGGUGACAGAUAAGUUAGGUGGGGACCUUUCUAAGGUUAGACCGGGAUGUUGAUCUCACUCCCGCAAAGAGCCCCAUGAUUGAUUUUUUUUUUCGACACCUCUGCAAGCUAAAUAAUUAAAAAAAAAAACCGAAACACCGUCUCUCUAAUUGUCGGGACCUCAUACACUUGGAAUCUAACCCAGAUAAUAAUACUCUUCACAAGAUCAAAUCGGCUGGGGUAAAUACUUACGAAAAAGAGUAAAAUACCGAGCUUUCUCUUUUAUUCAAGUCGCCAUAUUUCGCCAAGUUUCCUUUUCUCUUAAUUUUUAUUUUCUAUUGUCGUCAUUCCUUAUCAACGACGUCAGCCCUCUCGACUGUCUUCCGACAUGGAAUACAACCUCUCAUCCCAGCCUUUGGGCUCGUCGCCUUUAGGUUUCCUCACAGCCAAUCCCAUAGCCAAUGCCAUCGGUGAUGCCUAUAAGUCAUUUUCAGAGCGACGAGCAAAGCUCGGCUUACCGAAUCCCGGCACUGUCGAGACAAUUGCGAAGGAGGUCCAACGAGAUGUUUCCCUUGCCAACUACAUGCACACUGGCAUAAGAGCAGACCUUACAAAAGCUGUCAGCUUGUCACCACUGUUCCAAGUUUCCCAUCAAUUCGCAAUGGGCGAGCACCAGAAUCCUUAUGCCUUUGCUGGCCUCUUUGGCACUAACAAGGUCUUCCUUCAAGGCAACAUGGAUAACAACGGCCUCCUCUCAACGCGAUUCAACUAUCGAUGGUCUCCUGCCCUUGUCUCGAAGACGCAGUUUCAGAUAGGAUCGCAAGAUAUGGCGUCAAUUGAGCAUGAAUAUGUCGGUAGCGACUUUACUUCCUCGGUCAAGAUGCUUAACCCUUCGUAUCUUGAGGGUGGUUUAACUGGCAUCUUUAUCCUGAGCCAUCUUCAAUCUCUCACCAGCAAGCUAUCCUUGGGUCUUGAAGCGGUCUGGCAACGAGCCGCACUGAACCAACCACCCGAGUCUGCGGUAUCUUACUGCGCAAAGUAUAAGUCCGACGAUUGGAUCGCGACCGCGCAGCUACACGCCCAAGGUGCCUUAAAUGCGACAUACUGGCGAAGAUUAUCCGACAAGGUUCAGGCUGGCGUCGACAUGACUCUUCAAGCAGCUCCUACUCCCGGCGGACUAAUGGGAGGCGGCUUUCAAAAAGAAGGUGUCACGUCUGUCGGCGUGAAAUACGACUUUCGCAUGUCUACAUUCCGAGCGCAAGUCGAUUCCAAGGGCAAGUUGGCUUGCUACCUAGAGAAGCGCGUGGCACCCCCUGUCAUGAUGACUUUCUGCGCCGAUGUCGAUCACUUCACUCAAUCUGCCAAGGUUGGUCUAGGAAUUAGCAUCGAGGCUGGUGGUGAAGAGUUGCAGGAGCAGCAAGAGGUUCUUGGCGCUCAAGCAUCUCCCAACAUCCCCUUCUAAGCAUCGACUUUGGUCACAUUUGGAUGACUCUCCUGAAUAGAACCUCC